CUUAAGGAUUGAAGUAGUGUAAAAUCAAUAAACGAGCGGUCCGAGGCUUAAUUGUUUUACCGGCAUAACUUUGACAUUUUUACAAAUUUAAAACUAUCAAAAAUACCCAGAGGGUUUUAACUUAACGAAUUCAACUUCCUUUUGCACGUGUAGUGACCAUAAUUCUGUUUGGGAAAAGGAAUACAUUAUAAAAGAGAAAAUAAAAUACAACACCAGUCUGAGUAAUUGAAAUGGAGUAGACAUUGCAUUAUAAGAUUUGAAGAGAUAAAAUGUUACGAAAUCGUAAAAGUCAUCUUUACAAGAGGCUUAUCAGGAAACUGUUUGCAGUAAUUGUCCUACUUAUUGGCUUGAGACUUGUCUGGGUUGCUGCAGUCAACGGUUGGACUUCCGGUGUGUCUGGCGGGGGAGUUGAAUUAGAAACAAAGAAUGCAGUAAAAUUUGUUCACCGUGGAGGAGAUAGCGAAAACAGUCAGCAUUUUAAAUUUUCUAAGUUAAAAAACAAGUAUUCAAAUGAUAAAUCAAAAGCAUUCAAAGUACAAAAUGUAGUCAAUGAUGAGAAUAAAGAUUUGGUAAACAAUAUCGAAGAUGCUAAAUCAAAAGGACAACUAAAAAAUAUUGAUAAAGAAGUUACCAAUAAAGCAUUUAAUCAAAAUCAUAAUAAGCAUUAUGAACACAGUGGGAGCGUUCUGAAUGAAAUGAAAGCGAAGGCUGAGAAAAACAAUGUACGAAUGCAUAAAGUUUUAGAUGUGCAUCAAGAAAAUAACUUUACCAGCCAGAAUACAACGUCUUCUUUUAAGCCUGGGAUACAUUCAGUAAACAAGACGGUCGUCACUAGUUCAUCUUAUGGUAAAAUUAAAAGUAGUAUUUCUAUUUUCAAAGAGGCAAGCAGGAAACCUAAUGAUGAUUUAGGUGUAAAUAAAAAAGAGAAAGCAAUACCAUUAUCUUAUAAUAGAACUAAUGAAGUAGUGGAUAAAUCAAAAAUCGUGAUGAAGAUUGAAGCUCCUGAAAAAACCUUACAACAAGAUAAUCAUAAAGACAAUAGUGCUAAUAUAAACGCCAUAAAGGACGGCAAUGUUCGUAAGGAAGCAGUGGCUAAUGGAAAUUGUAAAAAGGUUGAAAAAUGGGGAGAAAAAUACAACGCAGAUAUUUCAACUUAUGAUUUAUUUCAAAACGUAAGUUACAAAAUGAACAGCGAUGGAAAUUAUCCAAUACCAGUCAAGACGGUUGACGAAGUUAGAAAAACUAAAAAUCUGAAACAUCUGAAUGUCAUUCUUGUACCUUUUUCGCAUGCUGAUCCCGGUUAUGGUUUGACAAUUGAACAGUAUUAUGAGCAGAUGACGCAUGCGACGUUAAACAACAUGCUUGCAAAACUCGUCGAAUAUCCAAACAUGACAUUUCAAUGGGCAGAGACAGUGUUUCUAGCGAGAUGGUUUGAAGACUUGGACAAAAAUGGUAAAGAUACGGUUAAAAAGCUGACCAGCAAAGGUCAACUUGAAAUCGUGCUUGGAGGUUGGGUAAUGCCUGAUGAAGCUAGCACCAAUUAUAUAGCUGUGGUUGAUCAGCUGAUAGAGGGACAUCAAUGGUUAAUAGAAAAUCUAGGCGUCAAACCGAAAUCAGCAUGGGUUAAUGACCCAUUUGGAUAUUCUAGCACUAUGCCUUACUUAUGGAAGUCAACUGGAAUGGAUAAUCUGCUCUUUUUGAGAAUAAACCAGCCCGUGAAAGCCAAGUUAAUGAAAAUGAAAAGUUUAGAGUUCAUGUGGCGGCCAUAUUGGAAGCAUUCGAACGACAGCGAUGUCUUGUCAAGUCUAAUGUCGUACACUAACUAUUGGGUAUCCGAUGUGUGUGGUCCAAAUAAAGUACCUUGUAACGAAUUUAAUUUUCUACAUCUUGGUGAAGGAGAAGCAGUUCAAGUUACAGAGAAAAAUGUCGCAGAACAGGCAAUGAAAUUAUCAGAGCAAUUCCGAAUUACCGGUGAUUUGUAUAAGCACAACACGUUGUAUAUUGGACUAGGGGAAGAUUUUUCAUACCCACAACCUUAUCAUUGGGAUAACAUGUAUACAAACUACGAAAAACUUAUAACAUUUAUUAAUUCUCAGAAAGCUUGGAAUAUGACUGUUAAAUUUGGAACACUGACAGAGUACUUCACUCAAGUACGUAACGAGGAACGAAAAAUGGCGGAAAUUUCCAAAAGCAAAACGAAUAAGCUGUUAACUUUUCCUACAAUAUCCGGCGAUUUCUUUCCAUACACAGAACGUAACCAAGAAUUCUGGACCGGCUAUUUCACUACAAGACCAUUAAACAAACGUUUCUCCAGAGAGAUCGAGACGUUAACGAGAGCAGCCGACAUUUUUAACGUCAUAGCGUUUUCUUUAUUCAAACACUAUGGUGUAAAAUACAGGGCAUAUGACGACAUCUCAAAACAUUUACGGGCAGCCAGACGAGAACUAGGAAUGUUUAUGCACCAUGAUGGAAUAACAGGGACAUCAUUACCUCAUGUUGUAGAAGAUUACGAGCGAAGAUUGUUUACAGCUAACGAAGACGCACACAAUGCCUUCAAAAUGGCCGUCCUUACUCUUCUUAGCAAAGGGAAGCAAUUCAAUCCAAAACUGCUAAUGGAGGAAACAGUGAAACCUGCAAGCAAAAAAAUGGCUGGUAAAAUAAUAUUUGAUACAAAUAAAGAUGCCAAGAUGGUAUUGAUAAAUCCCUUAGCUAGAAGACGAAAAGAAGUUAUAAACAUAUUUGUUCAAACUAAAGAUAUUGUUAUUGCAUCCCCAACAAAGAAGAAUAUUCCAUAUCAAAUCACGAGUUCUUUAAAUAACGCAACCGGAAACGAGCCAUUUCUACUGAGCUUUGAAACAGAGUUACCUGCCCUUGGAAUAGAAGUGUACACUAUAACGACGGAACGUGGUGCUGCGGAAAAGUUUGAAGUUAAUGAAAGAAUUCCGUCGGAGAACGAAGAUGUGAUGGAGAUAGAAAAUACACAUUUGAAAGUUGAAUUUGAUAAGAAAACCGGGAUGAUGAAGAGAAUUCUUCAUAAAAAUAACGGUAAAGUCACAAAUAUAACGGCACAGUUUAUGGUUUAUCAAUCUAAAACAAGUGGUGCGUAUAUUUUUGGACCCUCUGGACCAGCGCAAGCGUUCAUGGUUGGUGAAAAGAAAGUCACAGUUAAAAAAGGUCCGUUAUACUCCGAGGUCAAGGUCACAACUUCGGGAUUUUUACUUAGCUUUAGGCUCUAUAAUACAUCCGGUAUGCAAGGUCUGGGUGUUCAUGUGAAAACGGAAGUUGACAUGGCCGCUGUGAAUAUGAAGGAAAUGGAAGUGAUUUUGAGAUUCAACACUGACAUUAAAAAUGGUGACAACUUCUUCACCGAUCAGAAUGGUUUUCAGCUUAUUGGCCGAAUAAACAGACCAAGCGACAAAAUUGAAUCAAAUUAUUACCCAAUCACAACAAUGGCACUGUUUGAGGACAUUUAUAAACGGGUAACAUUGCAUUCAAAGCAGCCGCAUGGUGGCGCUUGUUUGAAAUCUGGACAAUUUGAGGUUAUGCUCGACCGUCAUACAUUUAGAGACGACAAACGAGGUCUCGGACAAGGCGUUUACGAUAAUGUCCGAGUAAAUAGUGACUUUAUCAUCCAGAUCGAACACAAAACACACCCUUUUAAAGCAGACGAAUUCAGAUAUACUUAUGCUUCAGAAGACAGCAUACUGUUAAACGAUAUGCUCCAAAACAAUGUUAUAGUGUAUAAUAUUCAAGACACUGAAUUAAAACUUAUGACAAAAGUACAUCCUUUAAAAUCAGCGGAACUCCCAUGUGACGUGUCAAUAGUCGGGUUUCGUAAUCUUGUAAAAAAUAAUUUAGAAUACAAUUCAACCAGUCUAGUACUACACCGGAAACCAAUUCAUUGCGGAUAUGCGUCAUUAAAUGACAAUUGUGCCGACAUUGAGAAACAAUUGACUAUCAAAAAAUUAUUUCCAAAAUUAAAAGCAAAGAUCUCAGAGACUUCUUUAUCACAUUUAUAUAUAAAACAGGAAAUGACAUCUACAUCAGAGAUUACACCGGAUGUUCAUGAGUUAAGGUCAUUUAAAAUAGAUAUAUAAUUCUUCUAGAGUGACAAAAUAUGACUGGUGCUAUUCGAUUAAUUUACACAACUUGAGUUCGCAUAAAUUUGACGUUUUCUACCUUGAUUGGCCUUUAUUUUAACUUCUAUGUGAAUUAAGAUAAUGACAUAGUUAAAAUUCUAUGCCAUAGUUAUCGAUUUAUUAGUUUUCCCUGUUUUGUUUACUAACAAUGUUUUUUAUUUAUAGUUCAUUGUUGAUAUGAAUUUAUUUAUUUCUGUCAUCACAGCGAGAGUUCGCCAAAAAUAAAUCUUAAAAAUUUGUUUA